UUAGGCGACAGCUCCGCGUUUUCCGUCUCUCUCUCUCCAGAAGAACUCGAGUAACUGCACCGACAGAGCCCUACAGAGAGCCAGGGCUCUGCUUUCACCCGGGGAGGCAGGAGGGGGGCGGGGCAGCUCUCUGAAAAUAAACCUGAGCGAGAGAGACCAUUCGACGGCGCAGGCAGAGCAGAGCGGAGCGGGCGCUCCGGAGGAGGACCGUCUGACUGACUGCGCUGCAAUGGAAUUAAAAACUGCGCAAUUUCAAACCUCCGCCGCUUCUCCCAGCCCGGCUUGGGAAAACACCAGCCAGCAGGGCAACACCGGACGCCAGACCGAAUUGGCAUUCGGAUUGGGUGUUUUUUUUUUAGAAAAAACAUACUCUGCACUGGGAUGCUUUGGGAUUAACAAGAUGACUCAACGGAUGGCCGUGGAUACAAGUGGGAUCUAUGUAUUUUAAAAAAACCACAACGGAUUGUGGAUUUCACAAAUACAAUGCACAGUUUAAAAACAACAAGGGAGCCAUGCACCCGUUCCUGUAAAAAGAGGUGUACACGUCCAUGUUGAUCCCAGGAGCGAAGCGCUGUGUAACAUCCAGCUUGCGGGGCUGAGAGAUGGAAGCGCUCUCGGCCGUCACUCGGAUCGCGCACAUACGUGUCUGUAAACAGACGUCUCGGAGGUGCUCGCUCACGCCGCGGACACGUCCCGCCUUGUGCAUCCUGCGCGACUGCAGCAGGGGUGCGUUUCGGGGGCAAUUCGCAUUAUAUAAUUUCUGAGUGCCUUUUCAGACUGCGUGGCCGUGCGUCUGUCAAUCACGGCGGAGAGGAGAUGCUCUUUUUUUUUUUUGGGAAGCAAAACACGCUGGGAGCCGUAACAGUUGGGGCAGCGAUCGCGGCACCUCCCAGAGCGAGCGGGGACCAGCAGCAGAUAAAGAGCUGGCCUCCCGGUGAGCCAUCUCGCAAGGCUGUGGCGCAGAGGAGGGGGCGUGUGCCUUCUGACCAACCAAAGUGCACAGCAGCGGGGAGGCGGAGACAGCUGGGGGGGCUGCGGCCAAUGAGAAGAGGAGGCGGGGCGAAGGGACCGGAAGGAAGAGAAGGAAACAUGUCUUGUGUAAGGGGAAUGAAAGAGGCGGGCUCUGCUCGCUCCAAGCCAAUGGGAAGGAGAGCUGUCAGGCCCUUCUGCUGCUUAGAGGAGGCAAGAGGCAACAUCUGCGGCCGGAGAGCCUCCUCGCCUUCCACGCCAGCUGCCUCCUCCUCUUGUCCCCCUCGCUGUCCCUCUGGCCGGCUCUCGCUGGAGCUGAUAGCUCUGUCUCGGUCUCUGUGGUGCCUCCACCUUCUUCCCCCGUCUGGCUCCUCUCCUCCGCCACCUUCCUGUCUCUGCUUUCUGCCGCCUGCCCCCGGAUCCCUGCUCCCCUCUCUCCUUUUCCGUCUUCCUCUCCCUCGCCCGUCUCUCUCUCUCUCUCAGUUCGGUUCGGUUCAGCUCAGGGCGCUUGAUUGGCAGGACCGCCUGGUGGGGGCCACUGGUUCUCCUGUUUAUUCUGUCUGUCCUGCUGCUGAAGACCCACAGAGCCCCCUAAGUCAUUUUCUGACCAUUGCUCAGUCCGUAUCCGUACAAAGGGAAGACGCCCGGAAUGCUUAGAUAUCAAAAAGUUGAUCGUGAUCGUGAUCGUGAUCGCCCCAUCGUGAUCGGGGGCGUGUUGGAGGAAUAUGCUUGGAUGUGCCCUUUGUCUGUGUGUGGGUACGGUGAUUGUUGCCAGAAAUCUGAAGCCACAUCAAAGCAAAAUCUGUUGAUUCCAAAUUACACUAAAAAGACAAAAAAAAAAGUGCAAAACCACAGAGAGGUCUGGUAAAAAUCAAAGCAUGUUUCAAACCAUGAUAAAUUGUGACAAAAUCAGCACAUGGGUUAAUCACAGGGAAACCACAGCCUCACACUGCUGGUUUGGACAGGUUUAAACAGUGAUCAGGUAAAGGGCUGUGAACAGUCACAGCUGAGUGAAUGAAAAAGACAACUGUACUGCUGUGGCACCAGUUCAGUCAGAGCCUUAACUAACAGAGUUACAGGGGAACAGCAACGCUACUGUGAUAUGUCAGGGUUAGAAAGAAUCGACAUUGACGAGUGCAUUUCAAACCACAGUAAAAUUAAAAUGUGCGCAGUAACUUGUACAACUUCCAAUUGACAUCAUAAAAUAGAUGAAAUUUCCAGGUUUGUGCAGCAGCAUAUUCUGUGAUUCAGAACGAGGCAACAAAGCUUCUGGUGACAUGAAGAGGCUCUGUGACAUUGUGAACGAGCCGGCUAGACAGAAAUAGAAAUAUUGCUCUUGACUUCAAGACGGUUUUGCUGCUUCCUUGUUAACUCUGCGUGCAGAUCACGUUGGGUCUUUUCUGUGGUGAAUUUCCAGGUGCACAACCUGUACUUAUUUGCUUGUACAUCGCACGACAUUAGUCAUUACAGGGA